GUGGUAGUACACCUGCCUUGAAUAACUCGUCAUUGCUUGCGCCGGCUUUGAUCAAUGAAUCGAUGCUCUUCUUUAUUUCUCGAUCUUCGAUCGCGUUCUUGAAUCGCGACCCAAUAAAUCCCAGAAAUGUGCGCUCUUCGUCGGCAGCGGCAGCACCAGUCGUGCCAUGACUUCACAGGAACCGCUCAGAGGACAUAUUAUCGAUUGGACGAACCACGUCCGUGGAUGUGGUUCUCGAUUGCUUGAGCUGACUUGAAGCGGUUCCCAGGAGAUUGCGAGGAGGGAAGCAAUACUUGCCUGAAUGAUGUAGUCCAACCGCAUACUGAAUCUGUCUUGAGCGUGUGUUCAAGCUGCUCAAAAUUGCCAACCACUCACUUGGUAAUUCUCGCUCGCCACUCAAGCUCAACUCGUGAUGCAAACAAGGCAUCUGUUACUAUUCAUUGUAGCUGCUAUUCUAGCUGCUAGCGCAACGGGAUCAGAAAUCAAAAGCUCCCAGCAAUCCAAGCUCCCCCGCCAAACGUCUUUGCGAGCUUACGCUUUAACCCGCAGUGAAGACAGCACGAACCGGUCCAUCGCGACAACCGAUCAGCACGAUGAGAGAGGAUUUUUCAAAAGAUUUCGACUAAUGAUCAAACAAGCAAAGAUCAAGGCCGCCGAGAAGCAGCGCGCUAGCGACCUGCAGCGGUUUCAAGAUUGGUAUGAAAAAGAGAAAUUUGGCCCGGAGAAGGUUAAAGAGAUACUAUAUUACUAUGAGAAUCUUCUCAUUGCAGAACGAAAGGGAAAGAUGAAGCAGCUUCAAAAGUGGCGGUGGCACAAAAUGAGUCUUGAUUAUGAAGACUACUAUUGGAAACGAGAGCGCGGGAUCACUCCAGCUAACUAG